GCAAGAAGUCCUUAUAUUAGGAGUAUAUCUUCGGUGCUCACUUUGCUAUCACAACUGCGUGGAAGGAUCAAAUCAGGAACGACAAUGUAUUUAUCUGUCAUCAUCAUAGCAAUAUUCGCAGCGGUUUUUCCCGCGUCAGUUCGUGGCCAUGGUAUGAUGAUGGACCCAGUGAAUCGCGCGAGUCGUUGGCGCAAAGGUUACGGAGGUCCAAAAGAAUACACUGACAACCAACUGAGCUGCGGUGGAAGAAAUGUACAAUGGGGGAAACACAAGAGCAAAUGUGGCGUCUGUGCAUGGGACGAAUAUGGCAUCGCUAACCCUAAGUUCCAUUAUCCCUGGGAGUUCGCAAAAAAUGCGCCGAUUAUGAGAAGCUGCCAGGAAGGUCAAAAAAUUGAGGUUAAAAUAAGAAUCAUGACAAAUCAUUUGGGUUAUUUCACGUUUCGUCUCGCCCCAUUGACACAACAGCCGAUCACGCAAAAUGAGAAACGGGGUCUAUACACUAUCACCCUGCAGCUGCCCAAAGGAGUGACAUGUUAUCACUGCGUGAUGCAAUGGUGGUGGAGCACUGGUAAUAAUUGGGUAUGUAAUCUCUGCUCUUUCGGCUUGCGUUUGAACAUAUUCGUUUACGCAUGCGCAUGCUACUAA